AAGCAGCAGCAGCAAAUACAAGCAAGUGCUCCAACAGAAACACAUUCACUCUCACACUUAUCACACAACAAUAAUGGCAUCCUCCGCCCCUAACAAUAAUACUAAUAAUAAUCUUCCGCUGAAGCCCAUUCCGGGAAGCUACGGCCUCCCGUUCUUGGGCCCCUUACACGACCGCCACGACUACUUCUACAAACAAGGCCGCGACGAAUUCUUCGCCACCAGGAUCCAAAAGUACAACUCCACCGUCAUCAGAACCAACAUGCCGCCUGGUCCCUUUAUUGCUCAUGACCCUAAGGUCAUCGCUCUCCUCGACGCCGCCUCUUUCCCCAUCCUCUUCGACAACUCUAAGGUCGACAAGCGCGACGUCCUUGACGGCACUUUCAUGCCUUCUACCGCCUUCACCGGCGGCUACCGCACCUGCGCCUUCCAAGAUACUACUGAACCCGAACACUCUCUCCUCAAAUCCUUCUUUCUCCAUAUUCUCUCCUCCAAACACAACACCUUCCUCCCUCUCUUCCGAAGCCUUCUCACCGAUCAUUUCAAUAACAUGGAAGAGAGCCUCGCCGGAAAGUCCAAAGAAGCCAGCUACAACACCUCCAUCGGCGCCGCUGCCUUCACUUUCAUCUUCCGUCUCCUCACUGACAAGGAUCCAAACACCACCGUCAUCGGAAGCGAAGGUCCGAAGCUCGUGGAGACCUGGCUCGGAGCUCAGCUCGCUCCUCUCGCAACCCUAGGGUUACCGAAAAUCUUCAACUACGUCGAAGAUGUACUGAUCCGAACGGUGCCGUUUCCGGCGUGGGCCGUAAAAGGUAGCUACAACAAGCUCUACGAAGGAGUAUCGACGGCGGGGACGGCGGUGCUGGACGAAGCGGAGAAAUUAGGAAUCAAAAGAGACGAAGCAUGCCACAACCUUGUUUUCAUGUUAGGGUUCAACGCUUUCGGUGGUUUAUCGAACCAGUUUCCGAUCCUAAUCAAGUGGAUAGGUUUGGCAGGGGAAGGUUUACACAAGCAACUCGCUGAUGAAAUCAGGACCGUUGUUAGGGACGAAGGCGGGGUAGUGAGUCUUGCAGCGUUGGAUAAGAUGACUUUGACCAAGUCAGUGGUGUACGAAGUACUCAGGAUAGAGCCUGCUGUGCCGUACCAGUACGCCAAAGCGAGGGAGGAUCUGGUGGUGCAGAGCCACGAUGCGGCCUACGAGAUCAAGAAAGGGGAGAUGAUCUUUGGAUAUCAGCCGUUCGCUACGAAGGACCCGAAGAUCUUUGAGAAUCCCGAAGAGUUUGUGGGCCAUAGGUUUAUUGGAGAUGGAGAGAGGCUGUUGAGAAACGUGUUCUGGUCUAAUGGGCGUGAGGUGGACGAGCCCACAGCGGAUAACAAGCAGUGCCCGGCGAAGAAUCUUGUGGUGCUGCUGUGUAGGGUGUAUUUGGUGGAGUUCUUCUUGCGUUAUGACACGUUUGCAUUCGAUUGGAAGCCACUUGUUUUGGGUCCCACAGUUACCAUCAAGUCCUUAACCAAGUGCUCCAAUUUUUAAGUACUUGCUAUCGUUAUAAUACAAGAUGUGACAACCCACCUUACCUAAAAACCUUCUGAUCCUUAUUAUUAUUCUAAGUUCAAUGUUGUCAAAAUGAAUAAAACAUCACCUACGACAAUACUUUUCUUGUUUUUUCCUUGAAUAAGAAAAGGUUUUAGGUAGAGAGGAAUUUAAGAAGAAAAGAAGCACAAAUUUGUCUUAUGUGAGUCACUGUGUAAAUAUACGUUAUCUUCGUUGCAUGGACAUGUUGUUUGUACGUAAAUUGGUGUAUAUUGUGCGAUGUAUAUAUAUAUGUAACUUUUAAAUUUUUUUUAA